AAAACAAAAGGACAUUGAUGAAAGGAGAAAGCAAAUUAUUCUCAGACAACACAAAGAGAACCGAACCACUUUUGUAAUUGUAUGAUAAUAUAUUCUCACACGCUAACACAAAGUGCACAUACUAUCUCCUAGACUCCCCCAUCCAACGGUCCACAUCUCACGUGGCUUAUCUAACUCAACGGUUAAGAUCUGCUUUUCUCCACAGUAGCCCCUCCUCCUCACGGGGACACGAUGUCUUGCUUUUGGCCAACUCAUGAAAGCAACGAGAGCUGCCUUUCUUCCCGCAUACGUGGCGCUGGGACCCAUCUGACAUAUGAGUUGGCGGGAACCCCAUUUUUGUCUGCAACUGAUUCAGUCAUGCUUUUCUAGAGGAGAGAGAGAGUCACAGUCUCGCAGAUACUGUCUCUUGGAAAAAGAGUCUAGAGAUAGUGUGCGUUUGUGUUCUUUGAGUUCUUUAGAUAAACAAAGUCUUAUGCUCUUGUUUUGUUUAUGUAAGCUUCUUACUAAAAAAAUAGAUUUUUUUUUUAAUAUUAGAGGAAAAUAGAGAGAAUUUAAGAUAAAGAAUCUAUGAGCCAAUGAUUCCAUUCAUCUUCUUUAUGAAGCUUCCCAGUUAAAUUCCAUUUUUCUUCUUUUUUCUUGGAGGUUUCUCAUUGGUUUUCUCGAGAAUAUGGGAUUUUAUGAGAAGAGGAUAAGAGUGAGAGAGCUUCACUGUAGCUUCAAAAAAAAGUCUUUAACUUUCUCCUGCUUCUCUUUAGCACCAUUCAACAGAUUUGUUUGUGGAAUCUUAAUGGAGCAAAGAAGAAGAAGAAGAAACAUCAACACUCUCUCUCUCCUCUUACUCUUCUUCUUAACCUUCACUUCAACAACAGCCACAACCUCAAGCUGUCGGCGAAGAGCUGUGAAACACUUAUCCACAACUCAAGCUACAUCACUCGAAUCAAGAAUCACUUCCAAGGUUAUAGUACUUAGCAUCGUGUCAGGUGUCUUAACCGGGCUGCUCUCUGCCAUAGCCUUAGCAUUCUUGGUCUGUUGCAUCGUCAAGUACAUGAAACAAACACCAAUCCUCAAAGGCCCCGUGGUGUUCUCCCCCAAGAUCACACCAAAGUCUCUCCACGCAGCUCUCGGUAACAGCAUCCACCUCCUUGGCUCGGACCCUAACGGUAAAUACCACAAGACGGUGCUCGAUAACGGUCUAGUGGUUGCGGUAAAGAAGCUAAGCCACAGCUCACCAGAAGGAGGAGCAACUAGCAAGUCGGUUAAGAGAAGGCUGCAGAAGGAGCUCGAGCUUCUUGCUGGUUUAAGGCACAGGAACAUCAUGAGCCUUAGAGCUUACGUCCGCGAAUCGGAUGAGUUCUCUCUCGUCUACGAUUACAUGCCCAACGGUAGUCUUGAGGAUGUGAUGAGUAAGGUUAGAGGGAAUGAGAUGGAGCUUGGUUGGGAGGUUAGGCUGAGGAUUGCUGUUGGGAUUGUGAAAGGGCUUCAGUAUCUUCAUUUCGGCUGUGAGGAGCAACAGAUUCUUCAUUAUAACUUGAAACCUACGAAUGUGGUGUUGGAUUCUGAGUUUGAGCCUAGGCUUACUGAUUGCGGGUUGGCUAAGAUCAUGCCUAGUUCACAGACAUCAAUAGUGUCUUGCUACUCUGCUCCUGAGUCAUCUCAAAGUAACAGAUAUACAGAGAAAAGCGAUGUGUUUAGCUUUGGGAUGAUAUUGGGUGUUCUUUUAACCGGAAAAGACCCGACGCAACCUUUCUGUGUAGAAGGUGCAAGCGGAGGCAGCUUAGGACUGUGGCUGAAGCAUUUGCAGCAAUCAGGGGAAGCAAGAGAAGCGUUAGAUGAGAGUAUACUUGGUGAAGAAGUGGAGGAAGACGAGAUGUUAAUGGCUUUACGGAUCACCAUCGUCUGCCUUUCUGACUUUCCUGCAGAUAGGCCUUCGAGUGAUGAGCUUGUCCAUAUGCUUACACAACUCCACAGCUUUUAGCCUAAAAUGUUCUUGUACCAAAACCUAUUCAAGCAUCUGUAGUUACAUCUCAAUAUGUUUCUUAUUCUCUUAUUGGUUAAUA